AUGUCAGGCAUUCAGGACUUAAUGAUCUUAGGCAAAGAUGCAGGUCUGGCAGGUCAGGAUCUCCUUGAUUUUGUGAGUCGUAUCCAGGCUGAAGAGCGGGAGGAGAGACGUAGGCUGCGAGAGGAGGAACAAGCGAGCAGAGAUCAUGAGCUGCGGAAGUUAGAGCAAGAGAAAGAACUGAUUCAUGCAAAACGAGCAGCUGCGGAGAAGGAGGCCCAGUUACGCUUCGAACUAGAAAAGGAAAGUGAAGCUAAGGCCUUAAGAGAACAUGCCAGGAGACGGGAAAUUAUGGAAAUGGAACAGAAAGAACCAGCGAAGGUGAAAGUAGAGCAUGGACUACACCUUUCCAAGCGUGGACCGAAGCUACCGCCUUUUGAUGAAGCGACUGACAGUGUAGACUCCUAUCUACAGCGUUUUGAGCGUUAUGCGACUACUCAACAGUGGAGUAAAGAACACGAGUGGGCUGCAAACCUCAGCGUGUUACUUAAAGGACGAGCUUUGGAUGUAUUUUCUCGCCUACCCAUAGAGGAAUUCAUGAGGUAUGACAUCUUGAAAUCAGCUCUACUAAGAAGAUUCGAGAUGACUGAAGACGGCUUCAGGAAACGCUUCAGAAGCGGAAGGCCGGAAGCAGGAGAAACGUGUUCACAAUUUGGUGUAAGGCUAGAGAGCUACUUUGUCAAAUGGUUAGACAUGUCAGGAACGGAGAAGACGUUCAACCAUCUGAAAGAUUUAAUGGUUCGUGAUCAGUUUCUGCAGUCGUGUGGAAGUGACCUGAUGCUAUUUCUUAAGGAACGUGCUCCGACGUCGUUGGCCAGUAUGACAAAGCUUGCGGAUCAAUAUGCCGAAGCUAGAGGUAAUCCGCCGAACUUAAUGAAGCAGAGGAACCAAGGAGGGAAGAAUUCUGAGAGCCAUCAGAAUAAGGGGUCCUCAGAUUCAUCUAGAAUCUCGUCAGGGAAAACGGCGCAUGACGAUACGAAACAUAAGUAUUCUAGCAGACAGUGCUACAACUGUAAGAGUACAGAUCAUUUGAUGAACAAUUGUCCACAUCCUCGAAAGAAGUCGGGAAAUACGGCGGCGGCUGUCUCAGACGAAUAG